AUGGGUGUAGAAGAGCAGAAAGAAGAGCGAGAAGUGCUCGAGUCGAUUUUCCCGGACGAGAUCACAGACCUCUCAGAUUCGUCAUACCGAAUAUCCAUAACACUAGACCUUCCCAGCGAUGGACAUGACGAAGCGUCCGACCCGCCUGUCCUCCUACUCAACGUCACCUAUCCCGAAGCCUAUCCAGAUGUCGGCCCUCAUUUAGACAUUACAGUACCUCCCAAUGCGCCCAAACAUCCCCAACUCGACAUCGCCGAGGACAAGGCGCGGCUCCUUGACGCUCUACAGCCCACGAUAGAGGACUCGCUCGGCAUGGCCAUGGUGUUUACGCUGGUCACCACUCUCAAAGAAGCCGCCGAAGUACUGAUUUCUGACCGGAUACGGCAAGCCGAAGAAGUCAAGGAGAUCGCAGCCCGGCAGAAGGAAGAGGCGGAGAACCGCAAGUUCCACGGCACCUUGGUCAACAGGGAGCGGUUCCUGGAAUGGCGGGAGAAGUUUCGCAAGGAGAUGGAGGAGAAGGAGCGCAGGGCGCGGGAGGAAGAGGAGGCCGAGGACCGGAAGAAGAGGGGCGGCAAGGUCGAAGAGAAGAGAUUGACAGGGAGGCAGUUAUGGGAGAGGGGUCUGGCUGGUAAGGGUGACGAGGAGGAUAUUGACGGGGAGGAUGCUGUCGCCGCCGUGGAGAAGCUCAAGGUGGACGGCUAA